CUUGGAGACGGCUGUGUGCGCGUGACGCGCUGACCCGGAAGCUGGGGUCCCCUAGCUGUGACGUUUCGCGAUGUGAUUGGCUGGCGGAGCGCAAAGGGCUCUCUGGGAGCUGCGGGAGAGAGUCCGGCAGAGAAACGGCAGAAGGAUGAGGCUCCCCUGGGGACACGCUCUCCUGUAGCGUAACGGCAGCUCCGAGGCCUGGCCUGUCCGAGCUGUGUGCUGCGGGAACCAGAGAGGAGAUAGCCGGGGUGAGAGAACGGUCUGGCAGCGGACAGAGGUUUGUGGAAGAUUAGAAGCUACAAUGAGUAAGAAGCCUCCGAUUCGGCCUGGAAUCACGUUUGAGAUCGGUGCACGGUUAGAAGCGCAGGACUACCUGCAGAAAUGGUACCCAUCCAAGAUUGAAAAGAUAGAUUAUGAAGAGGGGAAGAUGUUGGUGCACUUUGAGCGCUGGAGCAGUCGGUACGAUGAAUGGAUACAUUGGGACAGCAGCCGGAUCCGCCCUCUGGAGAAACCUGCAUUGAGGAAAGAGGGGAUAGGAGACGACGAAGAGAACUUUGAUUUUAAAGAAGGAGAAGAGGUUCUCGCACGGUGGACGGAUUGUCGGUAUUAUCCUGCCAAGAUAGAGGCCAUAACCAAGGAAGGUACCUAUACUGUGCAGUUUUAUGAUGGGGUUAUUCGAUGCCUGAGAAAGAUGCACCUUAAAUACAUGCCGGAAGAUGCCAAAGGCCAGGACUGGAUAGCGCUGGUGAAAGCGGCUGCAGCCGCAGCCAAGAAUAAAUCCUUAAACAAACCCCGGACCAGUGUGAACAGCAAUAAGGACAAAGAGGACAGAAAGUUACAUAAGAUGUCACUAAAGAAGGAAGAUGUCCUGGUCUGUAGUCCUCUGGAACACGAGGAAGAAGAGCCAACGUCCAGCCGGAACCUGGAACUGGUGAAAUCAGAACUCGCAUUAGAAGAGGUUCCGAAACUGCCCCCAAAACAAGAAGAGGAGGAACUUUUACUGAAGAGGAAAAUAAGCCAAGCCAGCUCCUUUCAAGCAAAGCGUGCUCGGCUGAACAAAAUUACAGGGUUAUUGGCCUCGAAAGCCGUUGUUUUGGAUGAUGCAGAAAAGAAGGAGCAAGCUCAUGAAAAGCCCCUGAGGCAUGAAGAGGCAAUUACUCCCAAACCUCAGACUCAGAAACAAAUUGAAGCUGAUAUUUGCCAUUCUGGCACGACAGUGACACCCUCGCUGUUGCCGCUAUCUUUCUCUUCCGGGAAGGCUCGCAGCAAGAAAGACAAACAGGAGCCUGGCGAUGUCUCAGGGUGUAAAAAGUUCCCCAUAUCCAAUAUUGAUCCACAGUUAAAGCAAGGUACAACGCACAGCGCAAAUCUUUCUAGGUCCUCUGGACGCAAAAACAACCGAAGGCGAAGAUCUCAACGCAUCGCACCUGAAAGCUCCGCCUCCUUUCCCUGCCUCCCCUUCAGUGAAGGAAAAAGCCUUCUGGGCUACGUUCAGACUCCACAAGACCUUUCAUUAGCGAGGGUACCCGAUGUUACGUUUGUGCCUCAGGAGAAGCUUGAACCUCUUGACCUAAGCCGUAGCGCGGAAAUCACAACUCCCAUACUCCCAAAAUCCACUUUUCUCACUGACUGUCCCAUUAAAGAAAAGGAACAUUCACAAUUGAUAACCUAUUCUUCCAAAGUAAUAGCUGAUGGCAGAAUCACUUCAACAUCUUCAGAUCCUGAGCCCUGUAACCUUUCCUUGCACACGGACAUGACUUUGCCAAACAACGUGAAAGCAGCCAAGGGGAGCAAAAAGAAGAGACAUCCCACGCCUAUAAGUGCAGAAGGGACAGAACUAUUGCCCACUCCUGUACCAGGAAACAAACUCUCUGAUAUUUUGCAGGAAAAAAUAAUUAAGAAAGUGAAUGAGAAGGACAAGCAUUCUGAAGUUGGAAUUGUGAAAUCUGAGAAGAAAGGGAAGGCAGAAGAUAAGUCAUCAUCCUCUGGUAAGAAGAAAGAGAAAGACCUGAAAGAUAAGAAGGAGAAGGAUCACUCCAAGUCAAAGAAGAAGAAGAAGAAAAAGAAGAAGACCAAGCAGCACAAAUAUUCAGAUUAUGAAGAUAGUUCCGUAGACUUCAUAGAGCGAAGCUCUUCUCCCGUGACCCGCUUAUCCUCCUGCGUGCUGACCCCCAACAAUGCACUGACAGGGAAGAAUACAUCGUUCCAGUUCCCCCGCGCCAUCCUAUCUGUGGAUCUGACCGGAGAAAACCUCUCGGACAUGGAGUUUCUCGAUGACUCUUCCACCGAGAGUUUGAUCCUCAGCGGCGACGAGUACAUCCAGGAAUUUGAUUCUACUAACUUUGAGGAGUCUCAGGAUGAAGAGGAAGCCGCCAGUGAAAUUGUCAGAUGUGUGUGUGAGAUGGACGAGGAGAACGGCUUCAUGAUUCAGUGCGAGGAGUGUCUGUGCUGGCAGCACAGCGUGUGUAUGGGGCUUCUGGAAGACAGUAUUCCCGAGCAGUACAUCUGCUAUGUGUGCAGUGAUCCGCCAGGCCAGAGAUGGAGUGCGAAAUACAGAUAUGACAGAGACUGGUUUAAUAGCGGUCAUAUGUGCGGCCUGUCAUUUAUAAAUGAUAACUACUCCUACCUUAAUGCCAAGGAGAUCUUGUCCACCCACCACCUCUUGGCAGACGUGUAUGGCGUGACGGAGAUACUGCACGGCCUGCAACUGAAGUUUGGCAUACUGAAGAAUAAAGACCAUCCAGACCUUCGGCUGUGGGCCUACCCGUCGAAGCAGUGGGAGCCUGGUCAAGCCAACGAGAAGCGAGUGGUUGGUUCCUCCAGUGAAAGAGGCAUUUUUGCACUGAAUAAGGGUCCGACAACCAAGCUCGGCAAGAAGGAAGACACCUAUAUAACCAGUGAACACAGCUACCAAAAGCCCCAGGGUUCCGGCAAUGGAGGCAAACCACCUAAUGACUCUGGAAAAUUGGAGAUUCUCGGCAGUGCGUUGCCGGAGGGUCAAAAAACAAACUUUCAUACAGAUUCUAAAAAUAGUUUACCAGUUCCCUUAAAUAUAGACAGAAGGAAUAAUCAGGGUGCAGUGGACGAGGUUUGCAACGAAAAGAGAGGAGGAGAGGAGCAGGCGGACUCCCACCUUCAGUGGCAGCUAAAUCUCCUGACACACAUAGAAAGUGUCCAGAAUGAAGUCACCAAUCACAUGGACCUCAUAGAGAAGGAAGUAGAUGUCCUAGAAAGCUGGUUGGAUUUCACCGGAGAGCUCGAGCCCCCCGAUCCACUUGCCAGGCUGCCUCAGUUAAAGAGACGGAUCAAACAGCUAUUAAUAGACAUGGGGAAAGUUCAGCAAAUAGCUACACUCUGCUCCGUAUGACGAAGAAGAAGAGGAGAGACUGGCACCUGUCGUCGCUUGAACUAUUUUCUUACUUAGGAUACAUAAAGUUUGUACAGGUUUUAUUGAUAAUAUAUAUAUACAAAAAUAUAUAUAUAUAUAUAUAUAUAUAUAUAUAUAUUAGUAUUGAUCCUUUACAAGGAUUAUAAAUGAGACUUUAAAACCAGCCAGGACAUGCUGGAACCCACGAUGAGCAACAUAAAAGCUGUUUACUCUGUGACUUAUCAUCCCUUGGAUAAGGGCACUGGUGGAACGAGAUGUGCGGGCGUUGGUGGUAACACAUCAUUUUUCCGGGACUCCUCAAAGCAACACCAGCUUCUUCUUCUUCUUCUUCUUCUUCUUUGAAACAAACCAUGUGUUACCCUUCUCCUGAAGCAGUAUUGCAGAUACUUAUAGUUUUCCUUACCUAAGCAAAGUCAGAAUCUAUUUUCUGUAACGUGUGUUAAGCUGUACUGGAUUCAGUUCAGUGUAGCGCUUACUAUUUUUCGCUUGAUCAUUACCUUUUCUAUAAAGAUACACCAGCCAAACAUAACAAAUAUAUUAGAACACCCCCUGCCACCAGAGAGAUGGAGAUCCAUCCCUAAAUGACAGCACCCGCUCCCCACUCUUAUUCAUUAAUAUCAAAUUCUCCUGCCGUGUAAUAUGAAGGAAUCUUGGUCCUCUCGGGUGCACCGAUUGGAUAGUUGACGAGCCAGCCAGGCAACUUUUCCCACAUGUGGCGUCUAGGUGGCAUUGUUAGCGCCACAAAGUCACCGGGCACUGCGUGUCUUAGGAACCCAGGCAGCCAUGAAAACUGACCCUUAGCCGUUCCGCUAGAUGAUGGGGUAUGUGUGGAGCUCUUUCUAACAUUAAGUAUUUUUAAGUAACGCAAGGAUGCACAUUUUUGCAGUGACUUCUUUCGCUGUCCUCACCCAAUCAUAAUUCACUAUUACCCUAGACCACAUUUCCCUCGGCCGACUAUAGUCCGAAACAUAGGUUUUGUCAAAUCUUGGAGAGGGAUACAGCUCAUAACAAAGCAGAUUGGUUGGAUCUUUAUCUAUCUCUCCACUUUAUCUCUCUCCAAGCAUUGAUAAAUCUCCCCCAUAGUUCCAUGGCAACUUGCUUUCCCUUGUUCUACAAUUACCAACAGAUGUCGCUGAGGGUGAUCUAGCAAGCAAGGAUAUCUAUAUAAAUAUAUUUAUUGUAGGUUUUUUAAAUAGUGUUUUUCUUUUCCAAUACUGCAAUGCUGGUUUUACGUAUUCUUUUUUUUCCUUAAUGGCUUGCAUCAUGCAAAAUAAUCGUGCCAAAAGUGACUACUACGGGCAACUGGAACGUCCUCUCGAGAUACUAAAAAGUCCAUCCAACUUCUGCUGGGUUGCCUAAAGAUAUUUGCUCUCCAGUUUUAAUCUUCCUUACAGUGUUUUCCAAUUGAUAUGUAUAUAAAUAUAUAUAUAUAUAUAUUAUUUUGGCCAGAGUAAUUCGAAAAAUUGCUGUUAUUUCUUUUUCACUUGUGCAUUAAAUAAGUAACCUCAGCAGGUAUGAGGGACAUGACUAGAACAGACGAGACUGUUCAUUGUAUUUAGUUUUAGAACCACUAAGCUACAUUAUCUAUGAGAAAGGUCUUCUGAUUGUGUGUGUGGUUUUCUUUUUAGUGAUAUUUUCUUUUUAUUCCUGUUUUGUUUUGUUUUUAGAUUAGAUUUUUAGCCGUUUACAGAAAGUCAAACCAAAGGUAAAGAAUGGAAUGGCACAAAAAAGGGACGAUCGUUUAGCUGCAAAAUAUUGUUUUCUACGUGUAUUUUUGGUAAAAUGGACAUUUUUUCCAUUUUAUUUUUUUUUAAAGAAUUCAUACACUUUUCCUGCAAUAUAAUUGGAGUCAUGUUUAAGUAGAUCUGUCGCAUAUGCCCAACGAAGGCAGCCAUUUUGUUGCUGUCAUUUAACUGGUGACAUAGCUUAGGGUUCACUCGACAAUGUGGAUGGUCCACUUUGAAUGCGCUCUUGCCCACCGAUAAAUUUCCCCAAAAUGUCAUAUACCCUUGACGCUCAAUCCUGCAAGCUUGCAAAAAGUUUUGGAGUUGAAGCUGUAUUACCUAAGCAUAAUUUAAAUGGGCUACUUUAUAAUGCUCUCCGUGGGGGUGUGAACGAAAGAACCAAUCAGAAGCUAUAUUCCUGGGAGUAGCCUUUGUUUUACCGUUAACAAUCCUACUACAUAGUGUCACUCUGCCCCAGUAUAUGACCCAGGUUGUGGAAAGUAGCAAAUAAGGGAGCUGAUUGGCCGGUGCGUUACCAGCUUCCACUUAUCACUUCUUUAUCACUUCUUCAGGCUUAAUACAUCUGCCACAAAGAAAGUUACAGUAGCUGAAUGGAUCGGCCCCUGGGGGCUCUAUCUCAGGAAGGUGGUAAAGCAGCUAGAGUUAUUUCGGUGAAGUUUUUUUUUGUUUUUUUACAGACUUAUAGAGGAAUUAAAUAGCACAUUUACUAUCCAUGUCCACCUGGAUGAAAAGUUACUGCAUUAAAGUACAGUAAACCGUGCUGUAAUUCUACAUUUCUAGGUACUAAGAUAGAUGCCCUGCUCUUUUCUAACCCAAUGCAGGUUACCCUCCGCAGUGUUUAUUUGGUCUACAGGCCGCUGUGUCCGUAAACUGUAUAUGUUCCCUCUUGCGUGUUGAGUGUCUUUAUUAAACUGAGCCUAUUCAGGCUGCUUUACUUAAUUGUGUUUCCAACGUAUCUCUAAACUAUCUUCAGCCUGUGGUAAAACAAUCCGUAUUACUGUCACCCGUACAGGAAAGGCAAUGUAGUGUGGACGGAACAUGACAAAAAUAUUGGGCACAUUAUAAAUGUAAAAUAGUCCAUGAUUUUUAAAAAAAUUAAUGUUUUUAAUUAUUUUUAUGCCGAGUGGAUGUGUCCUUUAAAAGUGCAAUUCAUCUAAAGAGAUAUUAUAGUAAUUUAAAUCCUAAAGAGCACGUCCUACGCAGCAGAGGCCAUCCUGUUGUGAACUGUGCCUCCGCCGCGAUUUAGUUCACAAGGAAGGAGGCGCUUUGUGGCUCGCCCCUGCCGCUAAUUCUGCUGAACUGCCGGCUUGACGAAGCCUAUUUUUGUAAUUUAUAAAACAGAUGAGUCAACAACUUGUAACUGAAGCUGCAGUUCCCACCAUGCUCUGCUAUCCCCAGUGCACCUGCUGCAUGCUGGGAUUUGUAGUUCAGCAGCAGAAGCAAUAGAACCUAGACUGAACACUUUUUGUUACGUGUUUUGACCCGCGUACUACUUAACUAGUAACAUUUAGAAAGCUGGACGUAUAAUCUAACCCAAAACCUUAUUUUGUUUUUUUCAUCUGUGUUCAUUAUAUAUAUUAUUUUUAAAAGGUAAAAUAAGUAAAAAUAUCAUAUAGACUGAUCUCCCGUCGUGAAUCAGACGACUGUUCUUUGUCUUCAGUACACAAUUCAUCAGUUACACACAGCCACAAAUGUACUUUUUGCUGGAAGUACUGGGCCCUUGUACAUUCAAAUGAAUGUGUAAAUUUGUUAUUACACUGUUGUAUAUGUAUGAUAUUGUAUGUAAAAUGGUUUAUUAAAACUAUUAUUGCUA